AUGGCAUCCAACCCACCAGGACAGUGCUGCACCAUCGGUGUCAAGCACGAAGGAAAAGCCCAGGGUGAAAUCAAGGAGGUCGGCGGCAUCUCCUCGUACAUGGUCUAUCCCAAGGACAAGCAGACCGCCAACGCCAUCCUCGUAGGCUCUUCCAAUGCCCUUUCCCGAAGAGUAUUAACUGACACGAAACAGAUCCUCCCCGACGUGAUCGGCCACGAAUUCAUCAACGCCCAACUCAUCGCCGACCAAUUCGCCGCCAACGGCUACUUCGUCGUGAUGCCCGACCUCUUCGAAGGCGACCCCAUCCCGCUCAACCGCCCCGCCGACUUCGACAUCAUGGCCUGGCUGCAAAAGUCCGGCCCCCAGGGCAAAGGCCACGGCCCGGGGCAAGUCGACCCCAUCGUCUCCGCCGUCAUUAAAGCCAUGAAAUCCGACCUCGGCGUGAAAACUCUGGGAUCAGUGGGCUACUGCUUCGGUGCCAAAUACGUCGCGCGCUUCUCCGCUCAAGGCCAGGGGAUCGACGUAGGAUGCAUGGCACAUCCAUCUUUCGUAGACGCAGACGAAGUUCGGAAGAUGCGUGCGCCCCUGAGUAUCGCGGCCGCGGAAACGGAUCAGAUCUUCCCAGCCGAGAAGAGACGUGAAACGGAGGAUAUCCUGAAAGAGCACGAUAUCCCGUACCAGAUGUCUUUGUACUCCGACGUGGAGCACGGGUUCGCCGUCAAAGCGGAUCUGAGCAACCAGCGGGCUAAAUUCGCAAAGGAGGCGGCGUUUUUGCAGCAUGUGCAGUGGUUUGACGAGUUUGUCAAGGGCAAGAGGGAUAGUGCUGCGUAG